CUCUCACAUGAGAUGCGCAUCACCUUCAUUCGAAGGGCUCACUUUGUCCGGUCCCACGCCGCUAGCAGCGAUUUUGGCACUGAGUGACCGCCGCGGCCACAGCUGAUGUUGAGGGUCAUUCACCCCGUGCUGACGGGAGCCCCGAGAUAUACCGGGACGAUGGCAAGCAAGACACUAUCUGCACCCAAUCUCACGCGGCCUGCGAUAAUCCCGCAGCUGUGUCUAUAGCUCUGCCGAGAUAGUACGGUCUUCAAAGGGGCCCCCGCUGAGGUGAUAAUGCUCUAUCGCCCAGGUUUAUCGCGUACAGAGCGGUAUCUUCAUCCAUUCAAUAACUAGCAGUCACCGAGGAAGAUGAUAUCUGACGCGCUUCCUGCUCCUCGAGUCCCCCUUUCCUGAUCGCUGCAGCACGGGUCUCGAACAUGACGGACGAGAAGAUCAGCUGGCCGCAGGCUGCGCUCGACGCUCGGAAAGCUAUCCUCGAUCUCAUACCCCCUGAAUUGCGCAUCACGACUACCUAUCCUCCUGGCUCUGAUGUCCGCGGUGCUGCGAAAGCAUCCGGGGCACUCACGGACGAUGAGCUGAGCCUAACAGACUUCACGACCGAUGCAACGGCGAUCUUAGACGCCAUAAAGGCCAAGAAGGUCACCGCCGUCCAGGUCGUCACCGCCUUUGCCAAGCGCGCAGCUAUCGCUCAUCAGCAUGUUGCAUGUCUUACGGACUUCUUCCUCGACGAAGCGAUUGAGCGAGCGAAGGCGCUAGACGACCACCAUGAGAAGACGGGCGAGCUUGUUGGUCCGCUGCACGGUCUGCCGAUCAGCGUCAAGGACAACCAAGGCAUCAAAGGCCACUACGUGACCAGUGGGUUCUUAAGCCAGUACAAGCUGUUCAAGGAGGAGCAACACGGUCAUCUUCUCCAAAUACUUUGGGACGCUGGUGCUGUCUUCUACGUCAAGACCAACCUCCCACAAGCUGUCAUGCACCUCGAGACGCACUCCUUCUACGGCCAGACGCUCAACCCCUUCAAUACUAAUCUCACCUCGGGCGGCUCGUCCGGCGGGUGCAGUGCCCUGAUUGCGUUCGGGGGCUCACCUUUGGGAUUGGGGAACGAUAUUGGAGGCUCGCUGAGGUCGCCAGCGGCGGGGACGGGGUUGUGGACGUUGAAAUGCACCACGAACCGCCUUCCAAGCGCUGGCGCGGUGAAGGCGCGCUCGAUGCCGGGCGCGGACUCGGUCGGCUCAACGCAGGGUCCAAUGUGCCGAAGCCUCCGCGACCUCAAGCUCUGGUUCGACGUCGUCCUGGGCACCCGCCCAUGGUUACGCGAGUCCAACAUCACACCCAUCCCCUGGCACACCAGCAUUAUUCCUUUCGGCACCCACCCCGACAUCAUCCCCCUGCCUCCUAAGAUCCGCAUCGGUGUGAUGUGGAACGACGGCGUCGUCGUGCCGCAGCCACCGAUUCAGCGCGCGAUGAAGGCGCUGGUGGGUGCGCUGAAGGAGCAGGGGGUGUUCGAGGUCAAGGACUUCACGCCGUACAGGCAUGGAGAGAUGGAUCGGUUGGUGCACGAGCUGUACUUCGUCGACGGCGGGAAGUCCAUUCGGGACCAUGUUGAGAAGAGCGGGGAACCGCUGCUGCCUAUGACCGAUUGGGUCCUCACGCGACCGGACGUCAAAUCACACGACAUCUUCGAGCUAUGGAAUAUGAACACCCGCCGCGACACCCUCCGCGCCGAAUACGUCACCCACUUCAACGCCCAAGCCGUCGACUUCAUCCUCUGCCCCGUUGGCCCCGGCCCCGCGCCCCAGCAUCAUACGUCGAAGUACUGGGGCUAUACCUCAGCGUGGAACUUCCUCGACUAUCCCGCAGCGGUGUUCCCGACGGGCCUGAGGGUGGAUCCGGCCCUUGAUACGGACGAGGCGUAUGUGAAGGCGCCUCCGUUGAGUGAGAUGGACGGGUUCAAUCGGGAAUGUUAUGCGAAGCCGGAGGUGUUCAAGAAUGCCCCACUGUGCUUGCAGCUCGUGGGGAGGAGGAAUGCGGACGAUCAAUUGUUGGGCGUGUUGAAGAAGAUCAACGAAGUCCUGCCUCUGCCUGCAUGAUAGGGUAAUGGAAUGUGUGCGUGUUCUGUGUUGUUGAGCAAACAAAUUGGGCCUGUGGCGUCGUCGGUUUAUCCAGUAUGUCCCUUUGGCUAUCGAAUCCUCUCUUCGACCCCUC